CAUCACCGUUUCACCCUUGUCAUCAACCCAUCAACAACUUCCAAUUUCCCUAGACAUAACCCGACAUUGAAAAUGGUUCUUCCAAGCCACCCAGGCCCGGCAGCGCCCGUGAUCUCGCACUUCGACUUGUCCGGCAAGACGGCCAUAGUCACCGGCGGAACACGUGGUAUCGGCCUGGAAGUCGCCCGCGGACUCGCCGAGGCCGGCGCCAAGGUCGCAAUCACAUACACCAGCACCAACCCCGCAGAAGCCGAUGCCACGGCCGCCAAACUAUCUGAAUCAGGCAACGGUGUGCUCGUAAAGGCGUACAAGUGCAACGUCCGAAACAGAGCCGAGGUGGAAUCCGUCAUUGAGACGGCAACGGAGGAAGUUGGAGGCGGGAAGCUCGAUGUUGUCGUAGCAAACGCCGGAAUCGCGGACCAUAUCCCCGCCAUUGACUAUCCCGAGGACAAGUUCCGUGAUAUGCUGGACGUCAACUUUCACGGGGCUUUCUGGACUGCGCAAGCUGCUGCCAAGGUCUUUGAGAGGCAGCUGAAGGGUGGCAGUGAUGGUCGUGGAAGCAUCAUUUUCACAGCUUCGGUCUCCGCCAUAUUGGUGAACGUUCCGCAGAAGCAGGCGGCGUAUAAUGCCAGUAAGGCGGCUGUUGUGCACUUGGCUAAGUCGUUGUCUGUGGAGUGGGUUGACUUUGCGAGAGUGAACUGCGUGUCGCCUGGUUUCAUUGCAACGGACAUGCUUUCGGUGCAUCCCGAGGAGUGGAGGAAGAAGUGGUUCUCCAUGAUUCCCGGUGGUCGACUAUGCGAGCCUGCGGAACUGAAAGGAUCUUACGUCUAUCUGGCAAGUGGUGCGAGUAGUUACAUGACAGGCGCAAAUCUGGUUAUUGAUGGCGGAUACACAUUGCCGUAGAUGAGACGGGUUAGAGAUUCAAGAUAUUCAAAGAAUAAACAAAACUCAAAACGCUG